CCUCAAUCAACAAUAAAACAAACUAAAUUCCUACAUUCAGGCUUUCCAAGUAAACUAAAUCGAAUAGUACCAAAAAAAAAAAAGAAUUCUAAUGAAACUGAAGGGGCUGAUCCGCCCACGUGUUCCCCCAACUUACCCUCGCUCACCCGUCUGUCUUUGUCGUAGGCUAAAGCUUGCCCUUACGCUCGCCUGUACCAAUACCCACGUCGGAACAAAUUCAACAAACGAGAAAGGAGCCUCAUUUCGUGUACGGCACUGGCAGCUGUCGGAGGUUCUCCUUAACAGAGAAACGGUGCGAGAGGCGCGUCACCAGGCGUCCACGGCGUUGCUCUCGUUCAUUCUCGAUCCAGUGAUCGGCUUCGGUGUAUCGUCGUACGCGGGGAUCCACGGUGAUCGAGGGAUCGUACGAUCGAGCAGUUUUUUAGUGUUGAUCGCCGUCGUGGAGGAUCGUCGAUAGAAACGGAGUCUGCAGGGCCUAGUGUACGAGGAACGACUCCGAUAAGACAUUCUGUCCAGGGAGAUACACUCUCGGUUAGAUGGAACAUAACGCACAUGGCUUAGGCUCGGUUGAUAAAGUUUAAACGUUAGAGGGGGAGGAGAGAAAAUGGCUCGAAUAUAUUCUUGUCAGGCAAUCCUUGCAGCAUUGCUGUUAACAUUGACUAUUGUGUCAAAUGUCGCGGAUCCACAAUUUCCUAGGGACAGACAGAUUCCAAUCAGGGGAUCAGUCCAGAGAGGAGAUAUGUCACCCAUGGAGGUGACGGCAGAGCGCCAUAAUUGGCCAAGGCUGGCCACUCCUAAUCCAAGAGGUCCCCACGCGAACUUGAAGAGAAAGCAUCCCUGCGAGCAGAGCUCCUGUUAUCCCGCGACGGGGAAUCUGUUGAUCGGUCGGAAAAGUCGAUUGCACGCAUCCUCCACUUGCGGUCUCAACAGUCCCGAGAGAUAUUGCAUCGUUUCGCAUCUGAAGGAACGAAAGAAGUGUUUCUUCUGCGACGCGUCGCUGCCUAAACAGCAGCAUAACAUCGAGAACAUUGGCAGCGGGACGUGGUGGCAAGCGGAAAAUGGGGUGGAGAACGUCACGAUACGCUUCGACCUCGAGGCGGAAUUUCACUUCACCCACAUCAUCAUCGGCUUCAAAACGUUCCGACCCGCCGCGAUGUUGAUCGAGAGGUCGUUCGAUUUUGGAAGGACCUGGAAAGUGUAUCGAUACUUCGCGCAUAAUUGCGAGCAGUACUUCCCCGGUGUCUCUACCGAUCCACCUCAGAGACUAACCGACGUUAUCUGCGAGACGAGAUACUCUGGCGUGGCGCCAUCGACAGGAGGUGACGUUAUCUUCAGAGUGUUGCCUCGAAAUCUGGAGAUCGACAAUCCCUACUCGAAGGAAGUGCAGAACCUUCUGAAAAUAACGAAUCUCCGCAUCAACAUGACCAGACUGCAUACACUGGGCGACGAUCUGCUCGACGACCGUGCCGAGAUUCGCGAGAAAUACUACUACGCUAUCCAGAACAUGGUGAUCCGUGGAUCGUGCUCCUGUUACGGUCACGCCUCCAGGUGUCUUCCUCUGCCUGGUGUCCAGCAGGAGGAGAACAUGGUGCACGGGAGGUGCGAGUGCACCCACAACACGACAGGUCUGAACUGCGAGAAGUGCCAGGACUUCUACAACGACCUGCCAUGGAAACCUGCCGUUGGGAAGCAAACGAACGCUUGCAGACCCUGCAAUUGCAAUAACCACUCGUCCUCGUGUCAUUUCGACGUGGCAGUUUAUGAGAGAUCAGGAAGAGUCUCUGGCGGUGUCUGCGACGACUGCCAGCACAAUACCCGCGGUCAGAACUGCGAACAAUGCAAACCGUUCUAUUAUCACGACGUUACGAAGGACAUUUCGCAUCCUCAGGCCUGUCUCCCCUGUGACUGUGAUCUCACUGGUUCCUUGGACGAUGGUAUCUGCGAUUCGAGAACUGACCCCCUCAGUGGAGAUGAAUCUGGUCGCUGUCACUGUAAAACAAACGUGGAGGGUCGUCGUUGCGACCGCUGCAAAAAUGGCUACUGGAACUUUGAUCCUGAGAAUCCAGAGGGAUGCCAAGCUUGCACCUGCAACACCUUGGGUACCAUCGACAACCGUGGAUGCAACAUGUACACCGGCGAGUGCACUUGCAAGCGUUUCGUUACUGCUCGCGAUUGCAACCAAUGUCUUCCCGAAUUUUGGGGCCUGUCGGAGGAUCCAGAUGGCUGCAAACGGUGCGACUGCGAUCCAGGUGGUUCCUACGAGAAUUCUUGCGACGUCAUAACUGGGCAAUGUCGCUGCAGGCCUCACAUAAGUGGAAGAACCUGCAACCAACCUGAGCAGAGCUAUUAUACUGGAUCUAUAGAUUUCCUGAUCUACGAGGGCGAGUUGUCGAGAGCUAGCGAUAAUUGUCAAGUGGUGAUCAGAGAACCAUACCGCGACGGAAGAAACAGCACCUGGACAGGAACUGGAUUCAUGAAGGCACUGGAGGAUUCGGUGUUGAAUUUCACGAUCGAUGAUAUACGUAAAAGCUUAUGGUACGACGUGAUCAUUCGUUACGAGCCUGUUCAGCCUGGGGUUUGGGAAAACGUUCAAAUAUUCAUUGAGAGAGAUGGUCCAGUGGAUCCCAAUGGUCCCUGCGGCGAUUGGAGACCAGAUUACGAUAAUCUAUGGGCGCAGUUACCUGCUCGAUCCAGGAGCGCCACCGCUGAACCUUCCGUUUGCCUGGAAGAAGGGAAACGGUACAAUCUCCUGUUGCAAUUCCGCAAAUUCCAGGGCCACGUGGACACACCUUCGGCGUCCAUUUUAGUCGAUUCGAUCGUUUUGAGACCGAAGAUAGACGAAAUACCUUUCUUCAAAGUACCAGUAAUUGGUGAGCUCCGUCGUCAAGAGUACGAACUAUAUCGCUGCAGUGACUUCUUCAACGACAUCGAUACCGUGUGGACAGACAUUCCUGAAGUCUGCAAGAAAUAUCAGAACAGCAUCGGUUAUUUCGUUUACGAUGGUGCACAUUCUUGCGAGUGUAAUCCGACUGGCUCUCACAGUUUGCUCUGCGAGAACUACGGAGGCAUGUGUCCUUGCAAACCUAACGUCGUCGGAAGACGGUGCGAUCGGUGUGCUCCAGGAACGUAUGGUUUCGGUCCAGAAGGUUGCAUCCCAUGCGACUGCGACGGCGUAGGCGCGUUGGACAAUUUCUGCGAUGUGGAAACCGGUCGGUGCAAGUGUCGACCGAAUACCUAUGGAAGAACCUGCGGUCAGUGCGAGCCUGGAUUUUGGAAUUUCCCACAUUGUCAAAGGUGCGAGUGCAACGGACACGCCGAGAGCUGCGACUCGAAAACUGGCGCAUGCAUCAACUGCCGCGAUUACACGACUGGGCACAACUGCGACCGAUGUAUCGAGACGUACUAUGGCGAUCCUAGGAUUGGCAUAGAUAUUCCGUGCAGAGCGUGUCCUUGUCCAGGUACUUUGGACUCCGGUUAUUCCUACGCCGAAAGCUGUUCCUUGGACUCGGUCACCCACGACGUGAUCUGCGAGUGUUUCGACGGCUACACAGGCCCCCGUUGCGAGAGUUGCUCGGAGAAUUACUUCGGGAAUCCCGAGGUUCGCGGCGGCAGCUGCGAACCUUGCAAUUGCAACAAUAACACCGACCUGCGCCGACCCGGCAAUUGCGAUCCCCACACGGGUCGCUGUCAGCAGUGUCUAUUCAAUACCGACGGAGCGAAUUGUCAGAUCUGUAAGGCUGGCUUUUACGGGAAUGCACUGGAACAGGAUUGCAAGGAAUGCGAAUGCGACCCGCUGGGAACCGACAGCGAAGCUGGCCCUUGCAAUCAUCGGUCCGGCCAGUGUCCUUGCCUACCUCAUGUCAUCGGUAAGCUUUGCGAUUCCUGCGAGGAGAACCACUGGAGGAUCGCCAGCGGUCAAGGUUGCGAUCCUUGCGAGUGUGACGCGGUUGGAAGCGUUUCUGAUAAAUGCAAUCCAUUCGACGGUACCUGCGACUGCCGACCAGGUUUCGGCGGAAGACAGUGCAACGAAUGUCAGACCAAUCACUGGGGCAAUCCAAACAUCGAAUGUUACGCUUGCGACUGCGACCUGUCCGGUUCCUCCAGCCAGCAAUGCGACAGGGACACCGGGAUGUGCGUGUGCAGAAAAGGUAUCGGUGGCGAGAAAUGCGACAAAUGUUACCGCGGUUACUACGGAAACGCGCCGCAGUGUUCUCCUUGUGGCGAGUGUUUCGACAACUGGGACUUGACAUUGUCCGGUUUGAGGAACAAGACGAACCUGGUCAUCGAAGAAGCGUCUAGGAUCCAGAAGGUCGGAACCAGCGGUGUCUAUAGCGAAGAGUUCGACGACAUGGACGAAUCUUUGGCUCAGGUGAAAGCGUUGAUUAGCAACGCCUCCAUCAGGAGCCAGGACCUGGACGAGCUGAACAAUCUAGCCGCAGAGCUGAGCAAUAACGUGUCCCUGUCUACCAAGCAACUGGAGGACGCGAACAAUCGUCUGGAAAACGUCAAUCAAAGAGUCAAUAUAGCCGACGCGGCGUUGAAGGCUCUGAAGAACAAGACGAACAAUCUGCACCAGACAGCCGCCGAUCUUCGAGAAAACGCUACCAGGCUCCAGGAAGAGAACAUCCAAGGCGCUCUGAACGUCACUCAGCAAAUGGCUGAACAGUCCAGGCAGGCGGAGAAAAUGGCGAACGACACUAGCAAUGUGCUCGACGACGCAGAGAGAUUCAAGAAGAGCAUGGAGAGUUUGCUAGCCAAGAAGCGUGCGCUCGUAGAGGACAAUGAGAAGAUGAACAAAGAGGCUCUGGACUUGAUAAACGAUAAAUUGAGAACGUUCGACGCGAUCAUGCCGAGUUUGAAUCUCGAGAUGUGCGGAGACAACGUGACGGAUUGCAGCAACGUUUGCGGAGGAGCUGGCUGCGCUUUCUGCGGAGGGUUGUCUUGCGAUGCCGGCGCUGUCUCGAAGGCCAAUCUGGCUCUGGACGUGGCUAAGAAACAGGCUGCUAAGAUUAAAACGCACAAGGAGGAAGCUGAACAGCUGUUCCGUAAUAUGAUCCAAGUCAGGCGAGAUGCGACAACAGCCAGAUCGAACGCCCAGGACGCCUUCAAUUUCGCCUGGAACGCUCGCAAUCUCUCCGAUAAGGUGACGAAAGAACUCUUCGACAUAAACAAGCGAAUUCGUGAUGUUCUAGAGGAAGACCAACCCACGCCAGCCAUGGUCAGAGACCUGGCGAACGAUGUUCUAGCCAAGAACAUUCAGCUGAGGCCCGACGAGAUCAAGGACCUGGCCACUCGUAUACAGAGCAUCGUCGGCUCCCUGUCCAAUUCCGAGAAGAUUCUCGCGGACACCAAGAACGACCUUCUUCUGGCCGAGUCCCUGAAGGAUGAAGCGAGCAGGACCAAAGAGGACGCGAUAAACAAGCAGAUGCUGGCUAAUAAAGUGGUGGUGUUAUUGAACGAAGCUCAGAAAGCACAGGGUCUGGCGCAGCUAGCGAUCGAUCAGGCGGAUCGAGACGUGAAGAGGUCGCAGAAAGACUUGGAGGAGAUAUCGGAAGUGACUAGAGGCGCUCAGAUGCAGGCCAAUAGCACCACGCAGAGCGUGGACGCUCUGGAGGCUCGUUUGAAGCACCUCCAGACGCAAUCGGCGAAGAACUCUUUCGUAUUGAGCAAGGAGAUUGGCGACCAAGCGAGCAGAGUAGCGAAUCAGGCCCAAACCGUUGACGUCAAGACAAAGAAACUCGCCGAGGAGUACAGACGCGUGGACGAGUCGCUCGAUCAAAGGGUAAACAAGAGCAAGGACAACGUACAAAGAGCGAACAAGCUCCUGCAGAGAGCCUCUGAGUUAACGGCCGACACGUCGACCAAGUUGAAGGACUUGGAUGGUAUGGAAAGCGUGUACAAGGACAACGAAAGGAUGCUAAACGAUUUGACGAUGGAGAUCAAUAGUCUGACCGGCGAGAUGGAGGAUCAUCUCGCGGGGAUCGAGCAGAAGGCUCGGAAGUACAGGGAGUGCACAUCUUGAGAGCGUGGAAGUAUACGUUGAUCGAAGCUUUCGAUUGCCCUUUACGAAAUCGAAGCUUGAUAAUGUUCUUUUUAAAGAAUCUUCACUUUGAAUGGACAGUUUGUCCUUUGAGAGAAAACAGUGUUAUCCUCUUUUGCUCAGGAUGUCGGAUUGAUACGAGGACGUUGAUCUUAUUGGUUGUUGGCGGAGAGAAAUAUAUUGGUAGGAAUUCACCAACGUUCGGGUCUGAUAGUGUACGCAUGUCUUUGGAAGAGUAAGCUCUAAUGACAGGCGAAAAGUAUGAAAAUAUUUGUAGGGACUUACACGUUAGGACAAUAAUAUAACUAUUUUGAUAUCUUAGUAUAAAGAAAAUUUUUAUUUGCUCCGAUGGGAUUGAUAGGUGAAUAAAUUGCACGAUUGCUGUUGGUACUCCAGGGGAUUCAUUUUUAACAACUAGAAGAAUAAUUUAACGACGAGAAAUUGUAUGGAAAUAUUUAGGUAAUGGAAACGAAGAUAUAACGAUAAAUUGAAAAAGGAAAUUUUUUGAAAAGGAAAAGGAAUUUUUUACAAGAGCCUAAUCUAUCAAAGAGGACUUGCACUAAUUAGUAGCCUUAAAGGUUGAGGAACUAAUUCAAACGUAUUUCUCUCUACAUUCCUCAAGUAUCAAUAAAAUUUACUUCGUCCUUCGCCGAUGAUAUUCUUUUAAAGUAAAAUUUUAUACUCUUUGAAUCUGAAUCAUUUGCACUCAAAGUGUUGAUCUAACUACCUUCGAAAGGUCAACGAGUUGCGGGCUUUAAAAAUUCUAUGAAGAGCAAGAAGCUACGAGCUAAACUAUAGUAAUCCCGUAUGAAUUUCAGUAAAUAUCAUUACAGCUGAAUUCAGUGUCAUAAACGUUACGUAACAGUGGGCCAAACACGGAGGAUUAAUUAAUUACCAUUUCAAUGGUAUUCUGAUAAGGUCUCCUGGAUCAAAUGUAACGAAUGAAUGAAUGAACGGAAAAGAUGAAGCGUAGGAUAGAAAUGAAUCGAAGAAUUUUUUAAAAUUAGAGUCGUAAAUCUCUGCGAAUAUAUCUUGCGGCUUUAAAUUUGAAGAAAAGCAAUUUUUCCAGUGCCAUAAUUGCAAACGAAGGGGCCACUUAAUUAUUAGAGACAUAUCAUGUGCCUACGUACAUAUAUUUAUAUAACAAUUUUUUGAGAAUUUAAUGGUAAUUUCUUUAAAGUAACUUGAAACAAUAAUUACGCAAAUAUUAAUUAAUCUUCUUUUCUGAAUUUAUUAUAUAGCGUAUUUAAUAUCGUAGGACGAACUGAUAAAUGUUCAUGAGAUUCAAAUUUAUCCAAGAUUUUGAUAUCGAUAAGAUUUGUCGAGAAAAGCUAAUACUGCCAUACUUGUACUCGUAUUUUCAUGUCAUGACAAAAAAUAAUUAUUACGAAAUUGCGAUUACGAUUCUUACUUUGAGAACCUCUCUCGAAAAGCCAAGGGAGAGGUAUGCAGAGAGUAUCAUUGAUCUGAUGAGUCAGAGACGUGUGUUCAAAACGAAUUGAUAAGAGCAUGUAUGCCUUUCCAUUUCGCGUACUGCGCGUCGUUUAAUUCAAUAGACGGUUCGAAUGGCUCGUUAUUAAAAUUUUGACAAACUUUUAUCACAAUAGUGUCCGAAACGAUUCUGCGAUGAUGAUUACUAGACUGUGGAUGUUUAUGCAAAUUUACAGAUUCGAUCAAAGAAUUAAAAUUUCAAUGAAAAUGUCUUAAUUUUCAUUGAAAAUUUAAUUGUUUAAUUAUAUUUCAUAUUUGAUAUAUUUUUGGAUCUAUGUAGAUUCUCGUACAUUUUCCCACAUUUUCACAUACCAUAAAUGCAUAAACAUUCGCGGUCUAAUGAUUACAUUCUGUGUCAGCGAUUAUUUAUUAGUAUUUUCGCCAUUUAAAUUGAUUACUUAACGAAUUAGAAUUCUAACGAGUAAUUGCAAAUUAGUUUAUUAGUAAUUUCAAGUUAUUUGCUAGUUAAUAGUGAUUAUAAAAAGUUAAGCGGGCAUUUAAAUUCUUGCCAGUACACUUUGAUCAUUAAUCGCCGAUUCAUAAAUUAGUAAACAAUAGCUACAUGAAUUUCAUGCAACUCAGCACUGCAAAGACCGAAUAUUAUUCAAGAAAAACGACUGAAGUAGUUUUAGCGCAGAGUUAAGACAUCGAUUAUCGACAUUUCACGCACAAUUCGAUUGUUGUUCAUGUCACAAAUUAAGUUUCUUUUUGUGUACUUACACGUUAUAUUUGUGUUUCAUUUAUACAUAAGAUUUACGAGACACACUGUGCAAUAGUUGAUGCGAGGUAGAUAGAAUUUUUAUCCCCAAUAGCCUGUUAAUGUACAAUUCCGUUAAAAUGCAUUUUUCCUUUUUAUACAUAUUUUUAAUAAAUAAUAAUAAUCAUCGUAUCACGCCGUGUCACAAUAGAAACAAAAUAAAUAUUUUUAGGAAAUUGUGAAGAAAAUGUUUAAGACAAAAAACCGAAGUAAAGAAGAUCGUAUUUGUCGAAUACAAAUUUUUGUAAUAUAAAUUUUAUAUAUUUUUAACAUGUACGUGCCCGUGUGAGGAAUUGCACACGUGCGCAUAAAUUUAAUAUUCAACAUGCGAUCAUUUCAGCGAAAAUGUUGCACAUUUUCAGACAUGAAACGAUGGAGAGUAAAAGUAUACGGUUUUUAGGACGUGAAGAAAUCUGGUUUGGAGAUUGAAGAGAUUCAGGGAAAUGUGGGAAAUAUGUAAAAGAGAAUUCCUCGAUGAUAGAGGAUUAUAGAUAUUUAUAGAUCAAAUAUUUUAGUUAUAAUCGACGCAUUGAUAUUGUCAGCGAUAACCAUUAUCGAGUAUCUGCACGGGCGAGAAAUGGAUCGACGCUAUAAUUAAACCAAAAGUUUUUAAUUGUA